GGUAGCAGUUGGUAAUAGCAAAGACACAGUUGGAGUAGCCUCCCCCCCGUAGUUGGGUGGUUUCUUGUGGGCCACGAGUAAGUGUGGCAGGCACAGGGGAGAGGGAAAGAGUUGAUUUGGAUUUUAGGGUUGAGAGAGAGCGAGAGAGAGAGAGAGAACAAGACAUGGCAAGUGUUGUGUUAAGACGCAUGAUGGCGGCUAAUUUGAGUAGUAUCAACAGGAUCAAUACUAGUUAUAACAAUGCCAGGGGUUUUGCUGCUGCGGUUGGGACUGAUAUAGUGGACUCAUGUCCAGAGGUGCGACUUUCCAAAGCCCGCUCCUGGGAUGAGGGCGUCUCCUCUAAAUUCUCCACUACCCCUCUUUCCCAAAUCUUCAAGGGGAGGAAAGUCGUUGUGUUUGGCCUUCCUGGGGCAUUCACUGGUGUGUGUUCAGCCCAGCAUGUGCCAAGCUACAAAAACAAUGCUGAGAAAUUCAAAGCAAAGGGUGUCCAUUCUUUAGUCUGCGUUGCAGUUAACGAUCCAUAUGUCAUGAAUGGAUGGGCCGAGAAGCUGAACGCCAAGGAAGAUAUUGAUUUCUAUGGUGACUUUGAUGGGAGCUUCAACAAGAGCUUGGAUCUAGGUUUGGAUCUGUCUUCGGCUCUGCUUGGACAUCGCUCACAAAGAUGGUCAGCCUAUGUAGUUGACGGCAAAAUACAGGCUUUCAAUGUUGAGAAGGUUCCUUCAGAAUUCAAUGUCUCUGGGGGAGAUGUGAUGCUGGGUCAGAUAUGAACUGCUUCAAAUGAUGCAAUCCACUUACAUCUCUGUUUGUCUACUUAUUGAUAUUUGAUAAUGUACCUGGUUUUUUCCUUGUUGUUUCCCUAUAUUGUGGUUAAGGUAUUCUAUGGUGUGCUUUGUUGACUUCUAUCAAAUACACACUUGGUGUAUGUAAAUCAAAAGUUUUCUCCUUUGCAGUGUUA